AUGGAUAAGAACAAGCAUGAUUUCAGAAACAACUAUCAGAACGUAACUAUAGAAAUAGACUCUGAUGACGAAAAUGAGUCUGAUGAGCUUCUUCACAUACCUGGUUUGUCGAUUCCCAUCAAGUUUGGAGUAAAAUAUAACUUAUCUCAUGUUGAGUUUGAAGUUUCGGACAUCUAUGAACUCUGUGAUUUAACGGUAGAGUCUAUGGAAAUCUUAUCUGGGCAUUUGAAUAUGAAAGCUUAUGGCUCUAUGAAAAAUUGGGAAUACGUGGCUUGCUCGUAUGGAAUGAGCAGUGAUUCCAUAAUGAUGAUGCAAAGAGAUUAUAACCCUUUCGAGCUGUUAUGUAAAAAAUUCCCCAGGAAGAACUUGAAAGAGUUCAUAGGCUUGCUGCAAACAAUGAAUAGAAUUGAUACUCUUUAUUCUUUAAAAAAAAUAUUCGACGCAUCGCUGCUCUGUAAAACUGACAAGUUCGGUAGGUUCUACAACACCAAGUAA